AUGGAAUGGAAGGCACUAGUGUUUCAGAAUGCAGCAAGGCCAAAAGCACAAUUCAUCAUGUGGCUGUUGAUCCAAGACAGAUUAAUGACUUGUGACAGGCUAAUUAACUGGAAGAUCAAUGUAGAACCUGAGUGUGUGAUGUGUAAACAAGAAAAUGAAACUAGAGAUUAUCUAUUCUGGCAGUGUCCUUAUGCAACUCAAGUGUGGAACAAGAUGUGCAGAUGGCUUGGAAGGCAGCAACUGGGAAAUGGCAACUGGCAACAGUUUCUUCAAUGGACCAUAAGGCAAGCAAAAGGAAAAUCCACUUAUGCAAUGACAUUCAGAAUGAUAUUUGCAGAAACUGUGUACCAUUUAUGGCUUGAAAGAAACAGAAGAGUAUUUGAGAAGAAGAGCAGAAAAGAGGAGCAAAUUACAAGAGAUAUAGCAUAUGUAGUUAGUGCUAGAGCUACUCCUAGAAUCAGACUAUUGGCCUUCGCGUUCGCGAAGGGAUAUGGUGUGAGGCAGGAAGUUUUGCCUUCGCGUUCGCGAUGUGGGUCCGCGUACGCGAAGGGUGAGGUUCCCGCGUUCGCGUAG